AUGGCUAGCCCUGGGCUCAAACGAAAAUCAGAACAUGUCUCGGCUCCAGACUCGAAGAAGCCCAAAGGCGGCAGCAUCACUGCUUUCUUCGGAGCGCCAAAACCCAAACUUCCAGGCAACCAAUCGAUCAAUGGGUCACCGGCUGUGAUCCAGCGACCAACCACUUUCAACAAGGACAAAUGGGUAGCAUCAUUGACAGCUGACCAAAAGGAGUUACUACAAUUGGAGAUCAAUACCCUGGAUGAAAGUUGGCUGGCUCAUCUGAAGGAUGAGAUAGUGACCACUGAUUUCCUUAACUUGAAGCGAUUCCUCAAGAAAGAAAAGGAUACCAAUGUCAAGGUCUUCCCGCCAGAAGAGGACAUCUACUCCUGGUCCCGACAUACACCUUUGCACAAUGUCAAGGUGGUCAUUGUUGGCCAAGAUCCAUAUCACAAUCAUAAUCAAGCCCAUGGCUUGUGCUUCUCCGUCCGCGCUCCUGUCCGCGCCCCACCAUCGCUUGUCAAUAUCUACAAGGGCAUCAAAGUCGACUACCCUGACUUCGAGGCGCCACCUGACAAAGGUGGACUUCUCAUACCUUGGGCCGAGCGUGGCGUUUUAAUGCUCAACACGUGCCUUACUGUUCGCGCCCAUCAGGCCAACAGUCAUUCUAAUAAGGGAUGGGAGAAGUUCACACAAAAAGUUAUUGAUCUUGUUGCUCGGGUUCGAACCAAUGGGGUGGUUUUCCUUGCUUGGGGCAGACCCGCUGGAAUGCGAGUCGCCAAGAUCAACAAAGAGAAGCACUGCAUCUUGCAAUCUGUGCAUCCUAGCCCGCUAAGUGCGCAUCAUGGCUUUUUCCAAAACGGACAUUUUAAGAAGUGCAAUGAUUGGCUUGCAUCGCGGUAUGGUGAAGACGAAACCAUUGACUGGAGCUUAGUACCAACCCCAAAGGUCGCCCCAGCCCCGACCUGUAUUUCAGACAAGGAGAACUCAGCUACAUCAGUCAACAAGACCGUGGUUGGGCCUCAGCCUGCCAAAGUUGAAGUCAAGGCUCAACCGGCUCAAGUUGAUGAAUUUGACGAUGACGAUGCUAUUGAGGCUAUGGUAGCAGCUGAAGCAGAGUGA